UCAUGUCAGGCUCAGUUGGACAGAAAAAAGGGUCUGGGAGACAGCGCAAGUGUGGCUUCUGUAGAUCCAAUAAAGAUAAUGAAUGUGGGCAGCUGAUGAUGUCUGAAAACCAAAAGGUGGCAGCACACCACAAAUGUAUGCUGUUCUCCUCUGCCUUGGUAUCUUCACACUCUGAUAACGAGAGUCUUGGAGGCUUUUCCAUUGAAGAUGUGCAAAAAGAAAUAAAGAGAGGUACCAAGCUGAUGUGCUCGUUGUGCCAUCGUCCAGGGGCAACCAUUGGUUGUGAUGUAAAAACCUGCCACAAGACCUAUCACUACUACUGUGCAUUGCAUGAUAAAGCUCAGAUCCGAGAGAAACCCUCCCAAGGCAUUUACAUGAUAUUGUGUCGAAAACAUAAGAAAACAGCCCACAACUCAGAAGAUUUAGAUGAAGGUCUUAAUGAACAUGAAUUGGAACCAUCACCUCCCAAAAAGAGGGGGCGUAAAGGAAGACCCAGAAAAAUGAAUCUCAAAGGGCAGUCGGAAGACACUCGAUCGACAUCUUCACAUGGCACAGACGACAUAGAAAGCAGCUCUUACAGAGACAGAUCACCCCACAGAAGCAGUCCCAAUGAUACAAAACCUAAAUGUGGAUUCUGUCAUGCAGGUGAAGAAGAAAAUGAAGCUAGAGGGAAGCUUCAUAUAUUCAAUGCCAAAAAGGCAGCUGCACAUUAUAAGUGCAUGUUGUUUUCUUCUGGCACUGUACAACUGACAACAACAUCAAGGGCAGAAUUUGGUGACUUUGAUAUUAAAACUGUGCUUCAAGAAAUCAAACGAGGGAAGAGAAUGAAGUGCACGCUUUGUAGUCAGUCUGGCGCAACUAUUGGAUGUGAAAUCAAAGCUUGUAUCAAGACUUACCAUUAUCAUUGUGGAGUGCAAGACAAAGCAAAAUACAUUGAGAACAUGUCUCGAGGAAUUUACAAGCUUUACUGUAAAAACCAUAGUGGGAACGAUGAAAGAGAUGAAGAGGAUGAAGAGAGAGAAAGCAAAAGCCGCGAAAAGUCUGUAGCUGACCACAGUGGAGUUCCUCAGCAGCAGCAGCUCAAUGGAAACUAGGUUCAAGGGACAGAGUAAAACUGGGAAUGAAUAAAACAUCCAUAACUGCUAAUCUUUUUAGAAAAAUGCUUUAUAAGGUCAGAGAAGGGUUAGUAACUUUUUUACCCUGCCCAAAUGUUAGAAAAUGUCAUUGAACUGCCUGAAAUGUUCAUGUGUGUGAGCCUUCAAUGAGCGGCAGCGUUUCUUCAUGUCAAUAUAACGUAGUUAGUUGUCUGCAGUGUCUGGAGA